GUCCUCUUCGUCAGUGCAUUGAGCUCUUUUCGGUGCCUUACAAAGAUGCAGUAACAUUCCACCAGACGACGACUUAUACAGUCUCGGGUUGUUGCUUUUGGAUGCAUAGGUGUAAGAGAAAAACACAAUAGGGAAGUGCAGACGGAGGAAACUCUGCUUUUCUUUUGAAAACAUCUUUCAGCAGCUCUUGAGAAAGGCUCGUACUUAUUUAUUUAUUCGACAAAAUGUUUCAAUUUUGCGAAUUAGACUCCUUCAAGACUGCCCUAGCUCACAUCUGGAAUACACCGGAAAAGGAGAAGGUGUAUCCAACACAGGUCCGGCUGAUCAGCGAUGCAUUCGCAAAACACGAAAUCGAACUGUGCGAAUAUGGUGGAGACGAGGAACAGUUCAUGCGCGAGGUUUGCAACAGCUGCAUAAGCUUUUUCUUCAUUUGGGAUAUUUGCUUAAGUAUUUUAUUUGAGUUAUGGCUCUUCCCUGAAUGCAAAUGCAUACCUCGAGCAAGUGUGACUCAGGAGCUGAUCAUGAAAGCAUACAGUGUCCAACGAAUCGAAAAAUAUUGAUAUUCCUCAACAGGUUGGUCUGCUGUUUGAAGUCAUGAACGAGGACAUGCGCUUCAAGCUCCUGAUCAGCAUGGUCUCAGGUUUGGCGGAAGGCCAGCAGAAGCACAGCACGCUGAUCCAGCAGAACUCGGAUGCGCUGCAGAAGCACGAGGAGAAGACCCAGAAUCAGUUCGAAGAAAUGUUGGCGCGUUUGCAGAAAGCGGAGGAAACAAUCACCAUUUUGCAAAAAACGACGAGGGAGUUGACCAAGUGGAAGGCGGAGGAGAAACUACGGACCUUCAGCCGGUACUGGCGGGAGAUUCAGGGCAGAGUAUUUAAAUAAUUUAUGUUGAGUGAUCUGGUGCGUUUUUUUGUCAUGCGUGUUGUGCUGGUACAUGAAUCGUAUCUAUUGCAUGAAAGCUAGUGCCCCUACGCCUACCUUCUCUAUCAAGUCCAAUUGUGUCUGGAAAAGAUGCUCGCAGUGCUUGCUGGGUGGCAGGCGAGAGAAGUGGAAACCUAUUUCUGUGCUAUAGAAUACUCUAGUCUAUGCAGUAUGCUCUUUGCGAUAUGAAGAUACAAAAAUGUGACUUGUCAUGCGGUUUACGCAAAUCGUAGUGGUUCAACCUGGUCAAAAACUCGUCAUGCUGGACUGCAUACUAUUUGUAUGCCUGCUAUAUUGUUUUAUAUGUAAGGUGAUGUAUUUUGUUUUAUUUAUACACGGUUGAAACAAUUGCACCGUGCCCACGGCGUGUGGGAGUCCUCGUUUGGACUUGUUUCUGAGAGAAUACGACUGACUUUGAAAUAAUUCUGUUUGCAAAAAUGUCCUUUGGUCGUCUGUCGUCGGUGACGACGCUUGUCUGAUUCAACCUACGGCUGUGUCUCUGCGUUUCUCUUGUGCGUCGGCACCCGCUGGAGGUUGUUGCGGAAGCAGAAAUCACACACGACUUCACUGCGAAAACAAAACUUCGAUCUGGAACUCACCUGCGAAAAUUCUACCAGCGCUGCGUUUUGAACUACUAACGAUCAACAAGAAGGCUCUACACCGGCUCUAACAACUUCCGCUUCUAUCCAAUUUUGUUUCUCCUCUGUUUCUUAUCCGAAAAGACCACUACUUUCUGCAACCAUUGCUUUACGUCCACCAGGCCCCUUCGUUCGUAAAUUUAGGCGUGGGCAGCGCGAAUUUUGUUGCACAUAGUCGUGGACAGCACGAUUUAGAUCAGCAUCACAACGUCGCUCAAGGUGCAAACGAGUAGUGCAAAUUCGAACAAAGGCGCCACAUGAUGACGGGAAACGGCUCCGAGUUCGCAACUAUUAGCAUCGGCAAAGUGGGCCACACCGUGGCGCACCUCGCAGCUGACCGCGAGAGAAUCUUCGAAGUGCCGCAGCACUGUCAAGAGAAGGCGCCUGCAGGAACGGCGCUGUUAAAGGAUGGCAGUUACAUCGACGCUAAUGGGGACAAGGUGCAUACCAUCGGCGCAUACAAAAAACGAGCGGAGAUCGACUUCCAGCUGUACCUGCUUGAGCGCCUGAAGAAGGCCGCGAUUCUUUCGGUCGACGACAUCAAGAAGAUCGACGAACUAGUGCAGCAAAAGCGGGAAGCACGGGACGGAAACCAUGAAACCGACAAUGGGGACAUCGAGAUGUCCCCGACAGAGACCGACAUCUGCAUCCAGCUCCCGGACCACCUCUAUGAUGUCAAUUCCGACCAAGAACAGCAUGGCUUCGAGUCGGCGGACGAGGGAGGUGUUGAUGGUAGCGAGCGGAAAGCGGCGCGACGGGAGGGUAGCAGCAAAAAGCGUCGGUCUAGCUCGGCAGCGAAAGCAGGCGGGGGUGGACUUCUAGCAGUCAUGAACGAGUUUGCGACACCUGUGCGGUCGCGAUUGCUGUACGGAUGCCAGACCCGAUCCUUCAACAAAAAAGAACUUCUACGCCUCGAAGAGACAGAGAAUAAACUGCUGCGAAUUUUGUGCAACGUCAACAAAUUCAUCAUGAAACAGCACGGAAUAAAGUCCUACCACCUCAGAGCACGCCUGCAACUUCCGCCGAUUUCCGCUGACAUUAUGUACAUGAAAACAACACACUACGCCCACCUACUCAGGAAGCCCGUAGACUAUGGUUCAACCUGGUCAAAAACUCGUCAUGCUGGACUGCAUACUAUUUGUAUGUUCUGUUCGUCAUCGACUAGUCAGCACCCCUCUACAUAAGUACUUUUUUUAAUUUAGCCGUGCGCUGCCUGACCAGAUAUGCCUAGCAUUUGCACCACCUUUUUCAAAAAAAACACCUUACAGCCAUCCACUGACGAAAAAAGCUACCACUCAUUCAAGAGUUUUUUGGAGAAGGAAUACGGCGUCGAUGGUACCUGGAUUCGGGUGUGUCUCGAUUUAUGGACUGCAAAUAUGCCAGCGGCAGCGUCACAAGGCGAAGGCAGACUUCGAUCAUGAGAGUUCGGUUAGGCGGGAAAAGUAACUAAGCCUUUUUGAAAUUUGUUGGCUCUGUUUACUAUUUGACUGAGACCAAAUACAUAAAAGUCAUGUCAGAGUCCGAGUUUCCGUCUGCAAUUUUUCCUGGUUCGCCUGGUGUUGUAUUUGCAUUGGAUUCGACGACUACGCGCUCCCAAUUGGCCGCAUGGAAGAGGGUGCGGAGUUAGGUGGAGGCCAGGGGGCCUUGCAGGUAUCCACAUGAAACUCCUGCCAUCGCCAGUUCGUCUUGUUUCAAACUUGUCCUGUAUACUGCAUCUGCUGUGCUUGGUGCGCUUUAGCUUGCUUUCGUAUGCUCCGAAAACAGAUAGCAAAACUGAAACUUAAACGAUUGCCUGAUGGCCAGCUUCAUGUGGACACAUGUUCAUUGGCAACUACGCUUCGAAAAACAAGAUUGCAGAAAAGGUAAGUAUCUACUUAUAAUGACUUGUCUUGCUACUUUGUUCAUUCUGGAAGCAUCUGGUAUGAUGAAGUGAAAUUCCGCAGAUGAAAAAUGAUGAAGAAGAAAUCAAUACAAUUACAUGUGCAAAACAGCUAUUACAACUGUACGCCUGCUUCACGCUAAAGGCCGAGGAGGCCCAGAACAAAGCCGCUAUCGGCGUCCUUCCCUCCAUGGCGCAGAAUCUCUUACGCAUGGUAGUCUACUAGUCAAGUCGAAUUAAGUAUGCAAUUGCACGCACACACGACACCACUACCACUCACAGUAGAAUCAGCUGUCAUGUCUGCAAAAGGGAAAACGAUGACAAAGGGCGUUUCGGCAUGACUAGAAAUUUUCUUUCCACACCAAUGCAUGCACGCACUUACGCUGCCGAACAUCGCCAAAGAGAUCGGAGCUGACGCGGCAGACACGGAGAUGCAGGCGGCCGUAAAGGUGCACCACUGGCUCGCCAAACGCGAUGUCGGUUUUUUCCGAAGACGCGACGUCCCGGGGCAGAGCAUCUCGACACAGUACCGCGAAGCGGAAGCCCGUCUCGACCAAGCGGUUUUGUACGCCUAGCAGCGCCAGUACGGGAAGUGGUGAUCCUUGUGCAUGCUGUCUCAGUUUCUCUUUCUACUGUGUCGCAUACUGCUACUGACUCAAAUGUUGGAAAUGCACUAUUCUUGUGUCAAGACGCCUCAACAUACUUCCUCUUCUCCUGUACAAAUUUGUUUAUAUUUUUUCUCUUUGAUCGCUUGUUCAUAUCGCCUGCGGACACCAGGUAUCGAAGCAGCGAUAAUCACGCUGUUGUGCUUACUAGCAGUCGUGCAACGCAAGCACAGCUGUCAUUUAGACAAAAAAUACAAUGCCUCCGCAAUACACCAGGCACGUGAGUGUGUUUUAUUCUAUUUAGAUGGCGCUACAACAGUGUCAACUCGAAAAUUUAUGUGUCGAUUUGCGAGCUGGGCUCUGUCUCGUGUGAAGCUUUCAUGAAGCAUGAUGAGCGUGAUCACAAGACGGCGUAGCUCAGGUUGCACCGAGUGCAUUUCGACGCUUUUGUUUACAAGAAGAAAGGCCCGCCCACACCGAUGCGAUAGUCGCAGUAAAGUCACAAACCACAUGUACAUAUCAGUGAUGUUAUUUCUGUGCCACAUCACCAACUGACAUUCUAUUCAUUUUCGCAUUGCUCUUGCUACAUAUGAUAUUUUCUUGAUCAGUAACGCAGUUUGUUUUUCUUAU